AGCAAUUCCAGCCCCCCCAUCCCCCUUCUUCGGCCCUCUCACCGCCUUCUCUCUCGUAUUUGGCGGUAUCGACACUUAACCUGGAUACCAUGGCCGAUUCCCUAUCACAGACGCCGGCCUCCUCCGUAUCCGAAGAAGGGGUGGAGAGGUCGGAUUACUGGUGCUAUCACUGUAACAAGCGCGUAGCUGUCGAAACCGUAGGCAAUAUGGCAGACGUUAUCUGCCAUGAGUGCAAGGAUGGCUUCGUCGAGUCAAUCCCAGCCACCUCACCUCCUCCGUCGGCUCCGCCGUCUAUAACAUCCGAUCAGGCGGACGAUCCUUCAUUUGGUUCGCAGUUCCUUCAAGUGCUGCGGUCAAUCGCGCCGGCGGCUCAUGAUGGGGACGCACCACCACCACCGCCGCCUCAGGAUCAUCAGCAUGAAGGAGAUUUUCUCAGAAUUGAGCUUGACGGAUGGGACAAUGAUGAGGAUGAAGACUAUUACGAUGGCGAUGAUACUAACGAGAACGAGAACCAAGAAAAUAGAGGCGAAUGGGAAGACAACGGAGGAGGAGAAUUGAACGAAGUAUUGGAUGAGGAAAAUGAAGAGAACAGAGACGAAGAUGAGGCAGAUCUGAGACGUAGGCGUCAAGAUGUCCUCCGUCUUCGGCUCCGUGAUUUUGCGACCCGUCGAAGGAGCGGGCGCAACCGGAUCCUUGAUUGGGCCGAGAUUCUGAUGGGACUGGAGGAUAAUUCAAUUGAAUUUCGAUUUGAAGUUCCAGAAUCAGAACGCUACGUCGGAAAUCCGGAGGACUACGUCGAUGCUGCUGGAUACGAGGCCUUGCUGCAGAACCUGGCGGAGAGCGAUGGAGAAAGGAGAGGAGCUCCACCAGCCUCCAAAUCUGCUAUCUCAGGGCUGCCAAAGGUGAAGAUCCUAUCGGAUGAGGUGGUUAUGCUCUGUGCUAUAUGUAAGGAUAUGGUUAAUGUUGGUGAAACGGAGACGAAGUUGCCGUGCGGACAUGGGUAUCAUGGUGAUUGCAUUGUGCCGUGGCUGGGUUCCAGGAAUUCUUGCCCCGUCUGUAGGUUUGAGCUGCCAACCGAGGAUGCUGGGUACGAGGAAGAGAGGAAGAGGAAGUUGACCACCAGUGUUGGCGGAGCUUCAGGUUCCGGUGGAGAUAGUUCUGGCUCCAGUUAAUUCCUUGUGGGCUCAACAUUAAUGAAAGACAGGUGGUUAUUGUUGAAUUGCACAUUCAGACAGUGGGAAGAAGCCAAGUUAUAGGAUGUCUGGCCGCUUGUUGUUGUAAUACUAAGUCAACAUGGAAUAAUGUUUGUAUAUAAUUCUCUUUCUCUCUUCUAUCUCUUCCCUUCUCCUCAAAACCCCGACUUUUUCUUUACCUGUUCAACUCGAAGUACUGGCAUGGAAAGCUCCCAUUGGGGAGGCACAGUCUUUGUAGGAGUGGAAAAUCAAAAUUAGCCCGAAUUACUAAUUUUGUUAGUGUUUAUGUUCUUCUAAAUUAGUGACCUUAUCUGCUUUGUGUCUGGAGCUCCUCUGGUUAUUGAGAUUGUACCCGGAUGAGUUACUUAGCAUGCAGAUUGUAACACCACGCCUCUUAAAUUGAGUAGUAGCAGACUUGGCCGUUGAGCAUUUCUGAA